GGGGGGGCGGGCGCGAUGCCGCCCUGGCUGCUCGGCAGCCUCUGCUGCGUGCUGGCGGCGCGGGCGGCGCUGGGCGGCGGCCCCGCGGGCGCGGAGGCGGCGGCGGCCGAGGAGGAGGAGAAGCUGAUCCGGGUGCUGGUGCUGCUGCCGCAGGACGACGCCUACCUCUUCUCGCUGGGGCGGGUGCGGCCGGCCAUUGAGUACGCGGUGCGGAGCCUGCGGGAGAGCGGCGCCGGCCUGCCGCCCGGCUACGCCUUCCAGCUCACCUACGAGGACUCGGCGUGCGGCAACCGCGCCCUCUUCAGCCUGGUGGACAUGGUGGCCCUGCAGCGCCGCCGGCCCGACCUGCUGCUGGGGCCCGUCUGCGAGUACGCGGCGGCGCCGGUGGCGCGGCUGGCGGCGCACUGGGACGUGCCCAUGCUAUCGGCGGGGGCGCUGGCCGCCGGCUUCGGGGCCAAGGGCGGCGAGUACUCUCACCUCACCCGCGUGGCCCCUGCCUACGCCAAGAUGGGCGAGAUGCUGCUGGCCCUGUUCCGCCACCACCAGUGGAGCCGUGCCACGCUGCUCUACAGUGACAGCAACCCCGAGCGCAGCUGCUACUUCGCCAUGGAAGGCGUCCAUGUGGUCUUCCAGGACGAGGCCUUCCACAUGGCCGUGCACAGCUUCGACGAGACCAGCCGCCACCUCGACAUCGACGAUGUCGUUCGCUCCCUUCAGACUGGCGAGAGGGUUGUAAUCAUGUGUGCCAGCGGUGACACAAUCAGGAACAUCAUGUUGGCUGCUCAUCGGCAAGGAAUGACCAAUGGGGACUAUGCUUUCUUCAAUAUUGAACUCUUCAACAGCUCAUCAUAUGGAAAUGGCUCUUGGAGGAGAGGAGACAAGCAUGACCUUGAAGCAAAGAAGGCAUACUCAUACCUCCAAACAAUCACUCUGCUGAGGACUGUAAAGCCUGAGUUUGAGAAAUUUUCCCUAGAAGUGAAAAGUUCUAUUCAGAAGCAAGGUCUGCACGAGGAUGACUAUGUGAACAUGUUUGUGGAAGGAUUCCACGAUGCUAUUCUUCUUUAUGCUCUGGCUUUACAGGAAGUCCUGAAGUUUGGUUUCAGUAAGAAAGACGGGGAAAAAAUUGUUCAGCAAACACGUAAUAGGACAUAUGAAGGCAUUGCAGGGCAGGUGUCCAUUGAUGCCAAUGGGGACAGAUACGGGGAUUUCUCAGUGAUUGCAAUGACGGACCCAGAGGCUGGCACACAGGAGGUGAUCGGAGACUACUAUGGAAAGCAGGGGCGUUUUGAAAUUCGAUCAAAUGUGAAAUACCCUUGGAAUCAUGGCAGGCUGAGAAUAGAUGAAAGCAGAGUUUCGGAGCAUACAAACAAUACACCUUGUAAAUCAUCAGGUGGUCUAGGAGAAUCAGCAGUUACAGGAAUAGUCGUGGGUGCCUUACUUGGAGCAGGAUUGCUAAUGGCUUUUUACUUUUUCAGAAAGAAGUACAGAAUAACUAUUGAGAGACGAACUCAACAGGAGGACUGUAACAUGGGGAAACAUCGGCAGUUACGCGAAGACUCCAUUAGAUCUCAUUUUUCUGCUGCAUAAAGAAGAAGAAAAAUAAUCCCAUUCUUCCUGGGGGAAAAAAAAAAAAAAAAAGAUUAGGGGAAUGGGCACAACCAAAGACAUCAGUGUAAGAAGAGGCUCUUGAGGAACUCACUCUUUUAAGCAGUAAUUCAGUAAUUUUGUCUUAAUUUUUUUCAGAAGCUCAGGAAUGAUUAACUAAUCACAUUAUGCCGCAUGGUCUUUCAUCUCAUGAACAAAAAUGAUGCAGCUUGAUGUUAUAGGAUGUACUUAAUAUGUAAAGACAAUAUUUCUUAAGACAUGUAUUAAGAACAGCAGAUUUGUUUUAAUUGAUGAGGAUGCUGCAUUCUGUUUCCCGCUUUUUAGCUCCUUCCACUCCCUUCCUUAGUUGCACUUCACUUUUGGGUAUCAAAUACAGAUUCACAGACACAAAUGCUGGUUUGCUGUCAAAAUGAAAAAGUUGGUUAAUGUGGGGUAUGAUCCUGCAUCACUGAUUUGUUGUGCCUGACUGCAGGAAAUGCAGGAUUACACACAUGGAGUUCAAUCCUGAGAGGGAGCUGGUACUUUGGAUGUAAUGAACUCUGCUGACAAUCAGGAAGGUGGAAACACACAUGAAUCAUUCUUCCCUUUUUUGUGUAGUAUUAAGAAAAGUACUGAUUCUCCCUCUUACGUACUGGGAGCUUAGAAAAACUCCAGUGAGUGAUGUGGAGUUUCACUGGCAUGAAAUAGUGAAAAAGAAGAGGUCUCCAGAGCAGAUGGGCUAAUUCUGCAAUCUUAUUUGUGUUUUUAUUGUGCUCUUUUCUCUCCACUGCCAUGACCUUUCAGAGAGGCACAGUCCAUGUGGGACCUGUUCCUGUUCCCAAUGAAGUCAGUGGCAAAAUCCCAUUAAUUUCAGUGAUCACAGGAUUGCAUCCAAAACGUGUAAAUACAAAGGGGUUUGUAUAGCUGAGACAGUUCAAAAGAGGGUCUUUUUUUCUGUGUAAAAAUGACAUUAAUGCUACCAUUUUAGUUUUAUGAUAUUUUUUAUCUUGUAUUUUUCUAUUAAAAUAUCUAUUUUUGCUUUGGUAGGAUUAAAACUUAAGGGGGAUAAUGUUUUGAGGACAUAUUUUUUAUGAUAGGAGUAACAUGCAGGGAAAGUCAGCAACGGUAAAUGCCUUUUAGAACCAGUAUUUAGGGGAGAAGAAGUGACUUUAUGGAUAACAACAAACUUUUUAAUCCUUUACUUCUCCAAGCAUGUGUGUCCUGUGUACAGUUAUUUAAACAAUAUAAAUGCAGUUACCAGAUUGCUUAUAUGAUGAUAACACUGAUCCUGAAGAUAAUGAACUGUGUGUAUUAAGUAGUCCCACAUUAGUCAGUGAGGCUAACUUCACCUUUGUACGAUUAAACACAUAACUAUCUUCAGGAAUUGGGAUGGUAAAACUCUGCUCUAGGACUGACUUUAAUCUCACUGCCAUUAGUAUGCCUGGGAACUUUGCCAUUUGUCUUUACCAGGAGCAAAACUGAAUCUGUGAUGAAUUAGCUACUGACGGGUUAUUUCACAUUAGACAGAUGAGAGGUCUUUCUGGUCAAGAAACGGAAAUGAACAGCACGUAAUAUAAACGAUGAAGACGACCUGUAAAAGUACUGUCUGUGAGAAAACCCAGCUAUGACUAUUGUAAUGCAUGAAAUCUUCUGGCUUAUCUUAUUCUGAUUUCAUAAACAUAACUUUUCUGGUCUCAGGAGUCAUAGUCAGACUUUACACAGUAGUUAUUCUGAAAACUGGCUCUAAAUUCUGUAUUCUACAAAAUUUUUGUACUUUGAGAAGCCAGAGUGAAAAUUCAGAGAAACCAUUUUGAGGUGGCUGGAAGUGAAUGAAGGGCAAAACCUGGCUUUGUUUUCUUUCUGCUGUCUUCUGUCAGUGGAGAAAUACUCCAUGAAAUAAUUCAUGUGAAUAUUUUUGCUAUUUCUUUCAUUGCACUAUCUCUUAGCAUAUGCAGAGGUCAUCACCUGCUUGCUGAUGGUCAGGAGAGCCAUAAAAAGGAGAUGGCCAUAAACUGGGUAGAUUUUAGGAUUUUAGGCAUCUUUAGGAUUUUCUGUGAUUGCCAUUAUUCACCUGAUAGAUUUAUAUCAUCCCAUUUUUCAGUCAAGACCUUUAUGACUUUUUCAAAGGAACAGUAUCCAAAGUAACACUGAGACUAAUGGACAGUUUUCAGAAGUGUAUACUCUUUGUCUCAUGGACACCAGAGCUGGGUAUAGGCUAGAACAGCAUUCAUACUGUCAUAGAGUUGGAGUGAAAGAAGACUUCCUGAUUAGUUUCUGGAGAUUUUUAAAAAUAAUUGUGUUUAUGUAGUCAAUGGACAUGGUUUUGUUUGUUUGUUUGUAGUUCUUCGUUAGUUGGUUGGGUUAAAAAAAAAAAAAAAAAGCUAAUUGCAGAGAUAACUUCGAUCUACUUUUGUUUUGCAGUCAAGCCUUUCAUUAUUUUUAUCUUUUCUUUUAUCCUUUAGACUACUUUGUCAUAGCAAAACUUAAGGAAAAUUUUUAAGGAUGUAGAGAAAAAGGGUAUGAUUUGAAGGAUAAAAUUUUUAGAAAUGGUAACGGCUAUGAGUUGUCCUUCCAGUCUGAAAUGCUACUGACCUAGCCACUAGUUAGGGAACAAAGCAGUGUUGGCCUGCCUUUUUACUGUGCUUUCCACAGCCGGAAAGCACAGGAAUAUUCAGAGCAGAAUAUCAGAGCAAUGAGAUCUGUCUGGGGCAACAAGUUGUUAGGACAACUUGUUUGUUUUGUGACGUCUUAUUAUAACUAGGCAUUUUAAAAAAAAGUAGAAUGAAAGGUCACUCAGUUAAAAUGACAGUUCCUCUUACCAGGUUUAUAUAGGAUUUUUAAUCAUGGCUUCAGGAAGUUUUUUCCUGAAAUGUCUGUUGGUGGGAUGCUGAUGGUGGCCUUUACAACUUUACAUCCCAACGCCUCUUGUCUUCUAAAGGUGAACCUUUCUCAUGUGUUAGAGUAUUUUAGAUUAAUGAGCAAAAUCUUUCUAAGUUGGUAUACAGCUGUGAAUUUUUCCCACAGAAGAGUGGAGAUUGUGUAAGGUAUUUCACAUAAGUACAUUCCUCUACAGCAUAAACAAACUUGCCCUUCAUAGCUGCCCUCCACAGGCCUCAUGCUAAUCUUCACAGGUCUUCCAAGAACCACAGAUGAAAAACUGCCUUGAGUUUACAUUAUUCAUCAGAGGUUCUUUACUAUCUAAUGUUCUUUCCCUUUUUGAUUCAUAUGCAUUAGCUCAAUGCCACAACUUUUAUGCUUCGGUAAGGAAAUGUUUAAUCAAAGUAAUAAUAAUUGAUUCUCCAAAGAGUUUUCAAAACCCACAUUUUUGGCUUCAAUUAGUUACUUGUGUUACAAAUAUGCAUUACAGAGCAGCACAAGGAGGGCCUUGAUUCAGCCUACACUUUAGAACACAUGAAACAUGCUCGACUUCAGCUUGUAAGUGCUUUACUCACUUGGGACCAAAGGGCAUCAUAACUGGCCACAGCCAAAUCCUAGGGAAUCUCACCUUGCUUGAAUUGGAGCAAGGCUAGCCCCAGAGUCCAUAUGUUUAUUUUGAAGUCUCAUAGCUGUGCCUGUAACUGGUGAAAUUGAACUGGUGGCUUUGUGUUUUGGUCAGUGGCAAAUUCUGAUAAUUUAGUUUUUCACUGAAUUCCCAAAUAUGUCAGCUUAAUAGCUGAUACACCUCAAAAUUCUUUUCCAGAGAAUAACAUGAACAAACUGUUUGACUUUACUCCCUUACUUGAAGCAUAUAUACUUCCACUGCAGCAGCAUAGUCUAUAACAGAGAAAGAUGAAGCAAAACUUUCAAUAGGACCUGUGAUUUAGUAUGCUGAGACCCACAGCUUUAUUCAGGUGCCUAAUGCUUUGAUGUGGACCUUAGGUAGUUUGAGAAGUUCUGUUUAUGGACAGUUUAUGUGCCUCGGGCUGUCUGUGUCUCUUCAUAACCAGUUAAUUACCAUUUCAGUCAGUGAUGUGCUUCGCUCAGAACAUUCAAUCAGUGCUAAAAACUGCAGUAGGAAUGUUGCGCAUUUUGCAGGAUUGUGGCCAGAAUUCCGCUUAUUAAAUUCAUUCAUUUUUGAAAAUAAAUUUUAUUGAUCUG